UCUUCCUGAGAUAAAUCCUCUCGAAACCCCCUUCGCGCAUGGCCAGCCCUCGUUCUUCAUAACGGUCCUUGUUCGCCCCGAACACGUUUUCUCCCCUUCCUCCUCCUCCAACCACCCAUCGCCUUUGCGGUCCCUGUUGCUGGCACCAACUUCUAACACUCGCCGCCGCGUUCCCCGGCACACGCGGCCACCAUGACGGGGGCUCCGCCUUAUAAUCCUCAAUCUCCCACGCAGCAGUCUCGCUAUCCGGUUUAUUCCCCCCAGACUAAAAGCCGCCCUUACUACGCCAACAAUGAGCAAUACCAGCAACAUCCACCCCAGACGCCUCCUGCCUUCUCGUCCAGGAGCCCUCACUUCUCCCAUGCGCCUUCCCCAUUGCCAGGCACUCUGCCGCCAUUGAACGGCGCCGCGCCGCCGUCAUCUCAUCCCUCGGAACCGCCGUCGCAAUACCAGGCACAUUCUUCGGCUGGAAACCCACAGUUUGCUCUCCCGCGGCCCUAUCCUGGCUCCGUCUUGUCAGGCAACGGCGCAUCUCCCUACGGUCACUCAACACCGUCUCACGCCCAUCCCGCUGGUCGGCCCGAUAGUCAUCCCCAAACCUCACCCAAGAAGGAGACAGAUUCCCAGUUUUCCAUGGGCACUCACGGUGUUAUGGGUUAUCCAUCCUCCUCUGUGGUGCGCGAGCCACGAGCGUCAUCACCCCCCAAGGACGUGAAACCGACGAGGGCAGCAGAUCCCAUGUCUUUUGCCAGCAUUCUCUCCGGUCCGACUGAGGAGCGCGCUCCUCCCCCGAGACAAUCUUCUGCAGAGGCUACCCCAACUCCCCUAGCGCCCGCAGCAACAGCCCAACCCAGUCUCAGUCCUCCGCCCGUAGCUUCGGCUGCUCCGUCACAAAAGUCCAAAGACCGGGCACCAGCUCUCACCGCCUCCCUACCGAGACUGGAGAAGAAGCCCACCACGGAGAAACGCCGUCGCAAUCCAACGGACAUUGAGCAAAAGACAGCCGACUCACGGGCCUCCAAUGUGGCCAACGGCGUCUCCGAGACUUCAAAGACGCUCGCUCAGCCUCGUGGUGCCGGAUCUCGGCAAGUGAUGUCUGAACGGGAGACAGAAGCCCUCAACAAGGCGUUGGCUGAUAUGGCCGAAGCGGACAAGAGCGAUGUGGAAGCCCCUGGUUACGACCGGUUCCGGGAGGAAUAUCGCGCCAAGGGCAAGAAACGUGCUUUUGCUACUGAACAGGCUGAAAUCUUGAGACGCAAGCGCCGCCGAAAUGACUUCCUUGUCAAGCUCAGCAAGUCCCUCGAGAAACAAGCAACUGCCGGCAUGGACCGAUUCCGAUAUGCAAACGAAGCAUCCGUCGUUGCUGAAGUCCAGGCGAAAGAAAUUCAGGAUGAAAAGGAGCGCAAGAAGGACAUGCAACGCAAGCGGCGUCGUGAGAACACGGUGCGCAUGGAGAUGCAAAAGAAAAAGGAAGCAGAGGCCAAGGCGCACGAAGCUCAGGAUUCUGCGGAGAAGGCCAAAUUCCUUCGUGAAGCUGAACGGGCGCAAAGGAAGAUCAAGACCACCAAGAGAGCUCUCGAGGGGAUCACUGCCCCAGAGGAGAUCAGCGAGGUCACUCCAUUGGCUCCCAAUCUCGAAGGCGGCACUACCAGCUCCUUCCACAUUGGCCGGGGCUCGCCGUCGAGACGCAAGUCCGGUCGCGGUGGACCGGUCACCCGGCCAAAGAAGUCGAAAGAGCAAAAGCAGGCCGAAAAGGACGCUGCAGAGGCUGCUUAUGCCGCUAUGGAGAAUGACGAACCUCUGCCUAUCGCACCUAAGGAGGACCCCCGAAAGGAGUCUCUCAAGAAGGAGGUUAAAGGUGGCCGCUCCAAGGAGCCCACGCCAACACCCUUGUCCGCCUACGAGACUAAAGGCUAUAACCAGAUUUAUGAGCAGAUCUGGCGUGACAUUGCCCGGAAAGACAUUCCCAAAGUCUACCGCAUCAAGGCCUUGUCCCUCAGCACGCGUCAGGAGAAUCUACGCAAGACAGCUCAGCUGGCUAGCAAGCAAUCCCGCAAGUGGCAGGAACGCACAAACAAGAGUAUGAAGGAUACGCAAGCCCGCGCCAAGCGCACCAUGCGUGAGAUGAUGUCCUUUUGGAAGCGUAACGAACGCGAGGAGCGUGAUCUUCGCCGUCUUGCGGAGAAGCAAGAGAUUGAGUCUGCUAAGAAGGCGGAAGCAGAACGCGAAGCCAACCGUCAAAGGCGCAAGCUUAACUUCCUCAUCUCCCAAACAGAACUGUAUUCUCACUUCAUUGGCCGAAAAAUCAAGGGCGCAGAAGAUGCUGCCGGGGACACCGCCGUGGAAACGACGGGUGAGACCGUCCAGCCCGGCAAGGGUCAGGCUCAUACUAUCGACAUGCCCUCCAGUGUUGCUGAUGCAGGCACUAAAGUUACGAACUUUGAGGAUCUUGACUUUGAUGCCGAAGACGAGACCGCCUUGCGGCAGGCCGCCAUGGCUAACGCCCAGAAUGCUGUUCAGGAAGCGCAGGACCGAGCACGCGCCUUCAACAAUCAGGACCAGAUGGAUGCCUUGGAUGAGGGCGAACUGAACUUCCAAAACCCUACAAGUUUGGGAGACAUCGAGAUCUCGCAGCCCAACAUGCUUACCGCUAAGCUCAAGGAGUACCAACUGAAGGGUCUAAACUGGCUAGUCAACUUGUAUGAGCAAGGCAUCAACGGUAUCCUAGCCGACGAGAUGGGUCUGGGAAAGACCAUCCAAUCUAUCUCCGUCAUGGCUUAUCUCGCCGAGGUACACAACAUCUGGGGUCCGUUUUUGGUUAUUGCGCCCGCUUCAACCCUACACAACUGGCAGCAGGAAAUCACCAAGUUCGUGCCGGAUAUCAAGGUGCUUCCCUACUGGGGUUCUGCCAAGGAUCGUAAGAUUCUCCGCAAGUUCUGGGACCGCAAGCAUAUCACCUACACCAAGGAAUCGGAGUUCCACGUGCUGGUGACGUCGUAUCAGCUCGUCGUGCUUGAUGCUCAGUACUUCCAGAAGGUGAAAUGGCAGUACAUGAUUCUGGACGAAGCCCAGGCCAUCAAGUCCUCGCAGAGUUCACGAUGGAAGAACUUGCUUGGAUUCCACUGUCGUAACCGUCUCCUUCUUACCGGUACUCCGAUUCAGAACAACAUGCAGGAGCUGUGGGCCCUCCUUCACUUUAUCAUGCCGACAUUGUUUGAUUCUCAUGACGAGUUCAGCGAAUGGUUCUCCAAGGAUAUUGAAUCUCAUGCUCAGAGUAACACGAAACUCAACGAGGAUCAGCUGAGGCGUCUACACAUGAUCUUGAAACCGUUCAUGCUGCGUCGUGUGAAGAAGCACGUCCAGCAGGAGCUUGGAGAUAAGGUCGAAAAGGACAUUUUCUGUGAUCUUACCUAUCGCCAGCGGGCCUAUUAUACUAAUCUACGGAACCGCGUCAGCAUCAUGGAUCUUAUCGAAAAGGCUGCCGUCGGUGACGAGGCCGAUAGUACGACCCUGAUGAAUUUGGUCAUGCAGUUCCGUAAGGUCUGUAACCACCCUGACCUGUUCGAGCGUGCCGAAACAAAGUCUCCCUUCUCUACCGCCUACUUUGCCGAGACGGCGUCGUUUGUUCGGGAAGGCACCAACGUCGAUGUCAGGUACUCAACCCGCAAUUUGAUUGAAUACCCCAUGCCACGCCUUCUUUGCGGUGCAGGCGGUCGUGUCGACAUUGCGGGCGCUGAAAAUCCUCACGCCGGGUUCCGUGGACGAUACCUGAACCACUUGAUGAAUAUCUUCACCCCGGAGAAUAUGAAGCAAAGCAUUCAGGACGACGGAGCGUUCUCUUUCCUGCGUUUUGUUGAUACAUCACUUGGUGAAGCGUACGAGCAAUCGCACCUCGGAGUCUUCGAGCGAGCAGUCCGUCGUCGGGGUCAGGUUAACAGGUUAUCCCGACUUAACGUUGCCUACGAUGACGACAAGGAGCUGGCAGAGUCUGCCCUUCCGCAUACACUGUUCAACAUCGUCGAUCGCAAUGAUAAGCACGCCGUCAAUGAAGUUGCCGCAGAGGGAAUAAUGCGGGACUUGAUGACCGUCUCGCAAUCUACGUACGAGCGGGAAGGCCUUAACGUCAUUGAGCCCUGCGUCAGUCCCGCCGCAUCGGCACCUCCGAUCUCUGUGGUUUCCUCGAGCCAUGUCCCCUCGAUUGAGGCAAAGGACACCCUCUUCAAUGUCUCCGUUCGACACGCACUGUAUAGCCCGCCUUCAAGACAGGUCGAUGAACAGAUCAUCGAGAAGAAGGUGGACCCUACCCCGUACUCGCUUGCCCCCAUGCUUCCGGCGCCGAUAUCCGUCAAGGGCCGUUACACGCACAUUGAAGUGCCAUCCAUGCGCCGGUUUGUCACCGAUUCUGGUAAAUUGGCUAAGCUGGAUGAAUUGCUUCGCGAGCUCAAGGCAGGCGGUCACCGUGUACUGCUGUACUUCCAAAUGACCCGCAUGAUCGACCUGAUGGAGGAGUACUUGACUUACCGCAAUUACAAGUACUGCCGCUUGGAUGGAAGCACCAAAUUGGAGGAUCGCCGUGACACUGUGGCUGAUUUCCAACAGCGCCCUGAAAUUUUCGUCUUCCUGCUGUCCACUCGUGCUGGUGGUCUGGGUAUCAACUUGACUGCGGCCGAUACCGUCAUCUUCUACGAUUCGGAUUGGAACCCGACUAUUGACUCUCAGGCCAUGGACCGCGCUCACCGUCUUGGUCAGACACGGCAGGUUACGGUGUAUCGAUUGAUUACCCGGGGUACCAUCGAAGAGCGGAUUCGCAAGCGUGCCCUGCAGAAGGAAGAGGUCCAGCGGGUUGUUAUCACAGGUGGCGCGGCUGGAGGAGUGGACUUCAACACGCGCAACCGGGAGAGUCGCACGAAAGAUAUUGCCAUGUGGCUGGCCGACGAUGAGCAAGCCGAGCUCAUUGAGCAGAAGGAGAAGGAGGCUCUGGACCGCGGCGAAGUGUUCGGUGCGGGCAAAGGCGGAAAGAAGGCAGCACAGAAGAGAAAGAAGGACAUUACGCUGGAUGAUAUGUACCACGAAGGCGAGGGUAACUUUGACGAUGCCAGUGCCAAACCAUCCGGGGCAGCAACUCCUGUGUCGACUGCAGAGAACGUGGGCACGCCCUCGUCCACCCCAGCACCCAAGCGUGGACGUGGACGCGGAUCGGGCAAGGGAACGUCCAAGCGCGCCAAGACAACUAAGGAGCGACUGCGUCUCAUUGACGGCGAUGGAGGCCUGGGUCCCAGCUGAUCCGAUCAGACAUUCGCACUUUCAUUCUCUCGUUUUACCCAUACGAUUUGACGGAAUGGCGGCGUUUGGAUAUCAUUCCCUCUUGUCUUUCCUGUUUAUGCCCAAGUUUCUAAAGGCUUUCCAUCCUUACCAUUUUCCUUUUAUUUAUUUUGCGAUUCGAACACCUUUUCUUCAUUUCACUUCUUUCCUCGGCUUCGGGCUAUGGUAUCCGAGGUCAUGUA